UAAACAUACUAAAUCUACCUUCAUAACACUGGAGAGUUUUUCAUAAUGUCAACACGAAAACUGUUCUCUCUUUUCUCAAAGCCACUUUUUCGAUGUCAGUCACCACUGCAUUUGACAUCAAGAUGUUCCUCGUAUUUUCCUGUAAACGAUGCUUUAUUUGGUCUGACGCCAGAGCAAAAGCAGUUAAGGCAGACAGUAUUUCAGUUUUGCGAAAAAGAACUUGCACCAAAAGCUGAUGAGAUUGACAAAACUAAUGACUUCAAAGACAUAAAGGAUUUUUGGAGAAAAUGUGGAGAACUUGGAUUAAUGGGAAUUACUGCACCUUCACAGUAUGGUGGAACAGAGGGAACAUAUCUAGAUCAUUGUCUUGUGAUGGAGGAAAUGAGUAGAUUCUCAGCAGCCAUUGCAUUAAGCUAUGGAGCUCAUUCCAAUUUGUGUGUCAACCAGCUUGUCCGAAAUGGCAGUGAGGCCCAAAAAGAAAAAUACUUACCAGAGUUGAUCUCAGGUGAAAAAGUAGGGGCCCUAGCUAUGAGUGAACCUAAUGCAGGAUCUGAUGUUGUGUCAAUGAAAUUGAAAGCAGAGAAACAAGGAGAUUACUAUGUACUAAAUGGCACAAAGUUUUGGAUAACAAAUGGACCUGAUGCUGAUACUCUUAUUGUGUAUGCCAAGACUGAUUUAUCUGCUGCUCCUCAACAUGGAAUUACAGCCUUCAUUGUGGAAAAGGGAAUGCCUGGUUUUAGUACAGGGAUCAAGCUUGACAAGCUUGGAAUGAGGGGCUCAAAUACAUCAGAAUUAAUAUUUGAAGACUGUAAAGUUCCAGUGAGCAAUGUGUUGGGGAAGGAAGGUCAAGGUGUAUACAUAUUAAUGUCGGGGUUGGACAUAGAGAGGACUCUGGGUUCCGCCGGCCCACUAGGAAUAAUGCAGGCAUGUUGUGAUGUUGCUUUUGCUUAUGCACACCAAAGAGAAGCUUUUGGAGAAAAAAUUGGAUCUUUUCAGAUGAUCCAAGCAAAGAUGGCCAACAUGUAUACUACACUUAAUGCAUCUCGAUCCUAUGUUUAUAACGUGGCUCAUUCACUGGACAGAGGAGAAAGACAAAACAAUGAUUGUGCGGCAGUGAUCUUGUACACAGCUGAGGCAGCUACACAGAUGGCACUGAAUGCCAUCCAGAUACUUGGUGGAAAUGGUUACAUUAAUGAUUACCCAACUGGACGCUUCCUGAGGGAUGCUAAGCUAUACGAGAUUGGAGCAGGAACCAGUGAAGUCAGGCGACUAAUCAUUGGACGAGCUAUAAACGCCCACUAUAAAUAAUCCGUCAUUUCACAGGAACCCAAAGCUAGUCUGUGAUUCUAUCAGUAUUUCGCUCGCAUGUAAACAAUACAUUGUCAUUGCAUUCACUUUUUAUGAAAAGAUGUCAGUUAUUUAUUCAUGUAUAGCCAUGUCAAGAAAGAAGUUGAAUACAAUCAGAAGGUACUCGGAGAACUGGCAUAAGCUCUUGACCAUUUACCAGUAUACAUCAGUGCUGUAUGUUAGAACAACAAAAAUGAACAUUCAAUACAUCAAGAUUUUACUGCUAUUGUAAAAUAAACUAUGAUCAUGUUUUCACAGCUUGCUGUGUUGAUUUAAGCAAUUUGUUGAUCAAAUAAAAUAAAAGUCAUAA